CAACAGGGACCUCGUGUCAAAAUUGCUGGUGAAAAUGACUAUUGCUUUUUCUUACCGCCUCAGCCCAAUGUUGAAGUGGCGCCGACCGAGGACUACGGUGUUGCUCACUGCACGUCAAAAUCAGUCGUGGAAGGAAAUGAAGAGUUCCCUAAAGGUUUCAUUACCAAGGCGCAUUACAGCAAGACGUCAAAUUACACGCAAGUGACAGGCUAUAUGGACCCGACAAAGUUUGGCUUGCUUGCGAGCGAUGACGGUGGUCAGUAUGAUGACCACAACAAGGGUAAACCCAUUGGUGCCAAAUGCCUAGGUUACAAUUACUUUGUCAAUUUGGUAGAACCUGCCAAUAAGCGUUUUUGUAUCCGAUGCUGCGACUUUAAGGCCGACUGCAAUACUGGACGAUCGCAAUACGGUUGCAUCAACGUUGUGCCUGGAGACUACUCU